CAAUGAAAUAAGAGCUAGAUCUGCCAAGCCCUCUGUACACUGCCUACAGUUGAAUUCACAUGACAGUUUUGUCCGUCGGCAAGGGUCUUUUCAAUGGCAACUCCCAAGAAAGUCUGCAUUAUUGGCUCUGGCAAUUGGGGCUCUGCCAUUGCCAAGAUAGUAGGCACCAAUGCUGCUCACAACUCUAAGUUUGACAACACUGUGACCAUGUGGGUGUUUGAGGAGAUGGUGGACGGUCGCAAACUGACAGAGAUCAUCAACACAGACCAUGAGAACGUCAAGUACCUGCCUGGACACAAGCUUCCCCCCAAUGUGUUGGCAGUUCCUGAGCUGGUGGAUGCUGCCAAGGAAGCAGACAUCCUAGUGUUUGUGAUCCCCCACCAGUUCAUUGGCAGAGUGUGUGACACCAUGAAGGGGAAGAUAAAGAUUCAUGCACUAGGAAUGUCACUCAUCAAGGGUGUGGAUGAGGGCCCUGAUGGACUGAAGCUCAUCUCUGAUGUGAUCCAGGAGAAGUUGGGCAUCGCCAUGAGUGUGUUGAUGGGGGCCAAUAUCGCCAACGAGGUCGCCGAUGAGAAGUUCUGUGAGACCACUAUCGGAUGUAAGGAUAAAGAACAUGGGGCUUUGCUGAAGGAACUCAUGCAGACCAGUAACUUCCGGGUCACUGUAGUGGAGGAGUCCGAUGUGGUUGAAAUCUGUGGCGCACUGAAGAACAUUGUGGCGGUGGGGGCGGGCUUCUGUGACGGCCUGGGCUUCGGGGACAACACCAAGGCCGCUGUAAUCCGACUGGGGCUGAUGGAGAUGAUCGCCUUCGCGCGCAUAUUCUGCACCGCAGGGCCCGUCUCCUCAGCAACCUUCCUGGAGAGUUGUGGCGUCGCCGACCUCAUCACGACCUGCUAUGGCGGCCGCAACCGUAAAGUGGCCGAAGCCUUUGCCAAGACUGGGAAGUCAAUUGAAGAGCUGGAGAAAGAGAUUCUGAAUGGACAGAAGCUCCAGGGACCAGCAACAGCAGCUGAAGUCCAUGUCAUCCUAAAGAACAAAAAUCUGCUUGACAAGUUCCCACUGUUCAACGCUGUGUACCAGAUCUGCUACCAGGGCCAUCCGGUCACAGAGUUUAUCAAGUGUUUGCAGAACCACCCAGAGCACAUGUAGUCUAACAGACUGGCCAAGCGACUGGAGAAGCAGGAUCAACACCACUUUCACUCUGUACCUGUUAGAAAAUAGAUGGGAAAAUACGCACACUUGCAUAGGCCACAGCGCCGAUGCAGCAAGCAGACUCCCAAACGGACGACGUGAAGUAAGGUUAGCUUGCAUUGGACUUGUGGUGUAUGCUGCAGCUAUUCUACUGUGUACUGUCUUUUGGGUUUUGUACGUACCUCCUAUAUUAUAGAAGUGGUUUCCUGCUCUUGGUUUUCUACAGGAGUAUGAUGACCCAGCUUGUAUUUGUUGGCGCCGAAUCAGAUGCCACUCUGUCCUCAGCUGUUGUUGGCACGUCCAUUGUGAUACCUCACUUCGUUAUCGUUUGUCUUGUUCAUGUUAAUUGUGGUCAGGCUUUGUGGCAGAUGCUAGGCUAUUUGUGUCCUUUUCUCACUUGUCUUAUGUAAUUCUGGUUCUCUCUGCAUCCUUUGGCGUUUGAUUCUUGACUUGUAUUGGUUGUUAGGCUUGUUGCUCGAUUCAAUCCAUGUUGCGGAAGUUCAGCUCUAUAGAACGAUUAGAAUUUAAAGGCAAUGUUCCUGCAUUCACAGAGACUACGUAUGUCUGCUCAAUCAGAAAUGACCUUUAAAUUUCAAUCGCACUAUAGUGCUCAACUUCCGCAAUACGGAUUGAAUCGAGCCCUAGAUUUACAUAGCAACGGUUAAAAGAAAAUGCAAGGGCCUUUCAAUGCCACAUUGCUGAAAAGUCUUGGUUGUUGUGCUUUGGGAAACCAAAUACCUUUUAAUAUUCGUAACCAUGACGCUGCCUUUGAAUUGCACUAACAUGUGACUUAUGUUUGAAAAGGGUGUAUUUAAAAAAUAAAAAAAAGAUUUGCCUUUUGAAAUAAAUGUUUUAUUCCAGUGCCGUCAAAUGGCUGCCCUUUUCAUUUGGCUGCUUGUUCACAGCUCUAGAGGGCAGUUCUAUUUCAGUGAUGUCAACUGGAAUCUCAGCACUGUAGCUCGUGGUCAGAAUAAAUAGUUGCUAUUUACAUGGACGAGCACAUGUCAGGGAACGGAGAAUCGAAGAAAAAAUGAAAACUCUUCAGGUUAACAGCCAAGGCACUGUGAAUAAAAUGGGUCUACAGUUACUGGCUAGCUCCUGGCUGUGGGCUUUGCUGGAAUCUUUUUUGAAUGAAAUCUUUGUACUUAAAUAUACGACAAUUGUAAUACACAGCUUUUUCUUUGUUGAUCUUAUUUAUAUACAGUGGGGAGAAGAAGUAUUUGAUACACUGCUGAUUUUGCAGGUUUUCCUACUUAAAAACUUACAGACCUCUACAUGCUUUGUAUCAUAGGUACACUUCAACUGUGAGAGACGGAAUCAAAAAUCCAGAAAGUCACAUUAUGAUUUUGAAGUAAUUAAUUUGCAUUUUAUUGCAUGACAUAAGUAUUUGAUCACCUACCAACCAGUAAGAAUUCCGGCU